AUGAAGUCAACGCUGCUUUUCUGCGCAGGGCUGGCGAACCUCCUGCCUCUGACCACGGCCGACGCGGAGCCUUUUCUGAGCUACGACGUCAAUACCAUCAAAGAUUGCAGUUUUUGGUAUGACAACUAUGGAACCAGGACCUGGCUGGAGCAAGCAUUCCUACUGCGUGGGCGUCAUCGCGGAAUUGAGUGCUCAAUGAGCAUCACCACCACCACCUCUACCUCAACUUCCACCCCGACCCCGACCUCGACGCCGCCUCCUAUUUGGACAGACCGCGGCUGCUACGCGGAUGCGCCUUACCGUCCGUUACAGACUCAGCUGCCGGCUCCGGCUGGCAACGACAUGACCCGCGCCAAGUGCGAGAGCAAGUGCUGGAGCGAGGGCUACCAAUACGUCGGCUUCAAGGCCGGCACCGAGUGCUGGUGCGGGCACUACAUUGACGGGUCACACACCCCGUUCCAAUCAGACUGCCGCGCGCCUUGCGCGGGCAACUCCUCCGAGGCCUGUGGCAGCGACGAGGUCUUUAACGUCCUCGAAGGAAACGACCCGGGAUUCACCUCGUUAGAGUUAGGAUUACACGCGCUUUGA